GGGACCCUCUUCGCAGGGCGGCGUGCUGUCGCGGAGGCCAGCGCCGUCGCCGGCGCCGUCGGCGUCGGCGCCGUCGGCGUCGGACGACGACAAGCUCGAUCGGCCUCUUCCCGAGGGCGCCGUGGUGUUCACGGGCAGGUGGAAGCUGAACCUCCAGCGGAGCGACGACCCCAGUGAGAUGCUGAAGGCCAUGAACGUGCCCUGGGCCGCCCGGGCCGCGGUCGUGCGGUACGCGCGGACCGUCGAGAUACAGCAGGAUGGCCUGCAGUGGACGGAGACCAUGAUCACCCCCGUGGUGAAGAAGACCGUGGUGAUGACGCUCGAUGGGACUCCGUACGUAGAGAUGAGCCCGGUCGACAAGUCAACGUUGACGAUGAGAUCAAGGUACUCCGAGGACGGCCAGGAGGUCGUCACGCGCAGCGAGAGCUCCGACGGCAUGCGGUCUCAGGUCGUCGCCCGCCGCCUGAUCGAGGACGGCAAGGUGUACUACACCGUCAACGCACUCAAAGUCGCUGGCGGCAAGGAGUACGUUACCAACAACUACUUCGACAGGGUGGAGUAGCAAGCCGCUGGCGCCGGAAGACCUUGAUCACGAGCCCUAAUCCGCCUUGACGUCGCGAGGGGGCGGCCUUCUGAGAAGGCGUGCGGGGCUUCUUGGAAGGUGGG